CUAUCAAUAGGGCUCAUGUCAUCAUUGACUGAAUAAUCAGCCAUCGGGCGCUGCGGCCUCGGCAUAUACAUAGUACGUAUACACUAUGACUCUUUAAACAAAAUAUCUUCUUUCCAUUAAUACUCCACCCUCCUCCCGACCCCUCCCUUCUCCUCCAGCGCUCUGAGCUCAUAUGGCAAGGCAUCGCUCUGGCGUUGCCGCCUUAUACGACAAGGUCGCCAAUUUCAACGUAGAGUCUUUAUUUGCACGUCAUCGUGGCCCGGGCACUCCUCGGACUGUAUUCUUUAACCACAAUCUCCCAGAUAGCUACUUUGAUCCAAAGGGAAAACCAAAGAAAGAGCAUGUCUACCCCACUAACCAAGUCAUCUCAUCCAAGUACACAAUCAUAACAUUCCUGCCCAGAAACCUCCUAGAACAGUUCAGGCGAAUAGCGAAUAUUUUCUUUGCAUUCAUAGCAAUUCUACAGUUCUUCCCUGAGUUUUCUACCAUCUCUCCGGGUCUCGUAGUCAUACCCAUCCUCAUCGUGCUCAGUAUCACGGCUAUAAAGGAUGGCUACGAGGACGUCAAGCGCCACCAGUCGGACCGUCACGUCAACCAUUCUCAGGCUCGCAUCCUUGCGGGUGGCGAUUGGGUCAACCCGAAUAUGAACGGUCAAAAAAGUCGGACCUUCGUCAGGGGUAUCAUCCCAAGACAGCGUCCAAAACGGAAAGACGUGGAGGCAGGUGCUGAAACCAAGCAGGACCCUGAUAUCGAGUACGACCGCGCGGAUUCAAUGGAGGAGAGUGAACAUCAUAUGUUUGGGCAUGCCGAUGAAAAUAGCAGGCCCCAUUGGCAGAAGACCAUGUGGGAGGAUAUACGGGUUGGCGAUUUUGUCAAGAUCGUGGACAAUGAGCCUAUCCCAGCUGAUAUCCUCAUAUGCGCCACAUCUGAGGAAGAGAAUGUGGCGUUUGUCGAGACGAAGAACCUUGAUGGAGAGACAAAUCUCAAGUCAAGAAACGCAUGUCCCGCCCUUACUGACUUCCACACUGCUGCCGAUUGUGUCUCCAAACUCAAUACAUUCUCUGUCGAGUGCGAUCGACCGGACACAAACAUGUACAAGUUCAAUGCCACCGUCACUCGCAACGGGGCAAAGUCCCCAGUGGAUGUACAGACGGUCCUUCUUCGCGGAACGGUACUCCGGAAUACGGACUGGGUCAUUGGUGUCGUUCUUUUCACUGGCGUCGAUACCAAGAUUGUACUUAAUUCUGGUGGUACGCCCAGUAAGCGGAGUCGAGUGGAGAGGCAGAUCAACCCCCAGGUCCUGGCAAAUCUGGCUCUUCUGGCGAUUAUGGCAGUCGUGUGUGGUAUUGCCGAUUCCAAGAUCGAAGCGACGCUAUACCAAGAGGGCGCCCCUUGGCUGUACGGCGAUGACAUUCAUAAUGAUAACCCACAGAUCAACGGACUGAUCACUUGGGCGUUUGCGCUGAUCACGUUCCAAAACAUUGUGCCCAUAUCCCUGUACAUCUCAAUAGAGUUUGUGAAGACGUGUCAGGCGCUCUUCAUCUAUUUUGAUUAUGACAUUUUCUACGCGAAGAAGAACCAACCGACCAUCGCCCGGAGUUACAACUUAUCCGAUGACCUUGGGCAGAUAGAGUACAUAUUUUCGGACAAGACCGGUACUCUGACACAGAAUUCUAUGGUCUUUAGAGAAUGUUCCAUCGCAGGAGCCGUAUAUCACGGUGAUCCCGAGGACGAUGACGUCAAGAAAACCACAGGGAGUGGUACAGAAAUCGUCCGUGAAACCAGCAACGACUCUUCCUAUGCCUCGACCUCUACACGUGGGGAUGAUCCUGCCGUUCCAUCCACUGCGGAUCCCACCGUCGUCAAACUCUCCAACGGCGUUCUUAAGCAUUUCAGCGACGAACGCCUUUCUCAAGACCUUACCCGUGCGGUAGAAGCCGAACCAGAUUCAGAAAACGCUGCUCAAGCACGCUCGCUUAAUGGCUUUUUCUCCGUCUUGGCACUUUGUCAUUCCGUUCUCACUGCUGUCGACCCUGCGACAGGCGCCAUUGAGUACAAAGCACAAUCACCUGACGAAGCUGCCCUCGUCCAAGCUGCAGCGGACGUUGGGUUCAUCUUUCGUGGACGUAACAAGGAGAUUCUACUUUUGCAAACGCCUUUCUCGAGGGAGGUCGAGCGGUAUGAACUGCUUGAUAUCUUGGAGUUCACGAGUGCACGGAAGCGGAUGAGUGUCAUCGUCAAGAAACUGGAUGAACAAGAUGAGAGAUUGUUUUUGCUCACGAAAGGCGCGGAUAAUGUCAUCUUUGAGCGGCUCAAGACUGGUGGCGAUGAUUUGAAACGGGCGACUGAGGGGCAUCUGGAGGACUUUGCGAAUGCUGGGUUGAGGACGUUGACUCUGGCAUACAAAGUUAUUCAGGAGGAUGAAUAUGAAGCCUGGUCUGAGCGCUAUCAUGAAGCCUCUACUGCGCUGGAUGAUCGUGAAGGCAAGAUCGAAGCGGUUUGCGAUGAGAUGGAGCGCGAGCUGCGACUACUUGGUGCCACUGCCAUUGAAGAUCGCCUCCAGGAUGGCGUGCCAGAAACGAUCGCUGAUCUCAAACUUGCGGGAAUAAAAAUCUGGGUUGCUACCGGUGACAAGCUCGAGACUGCCAUCGCUAUUGGGCGCAGUACGAAUCUCAUUGCUGAGGAGUCCAAUAUUAUCAUCAUCCGUGGUAACGACCGUCCGGUUCAACAACAGAUGAUUCAGGCGGUGGAGGAAUUUUUCCCGGACAGCGGCAUACUCGAUGAACACGGCCUCGUCACUAGUGCGUCUAAAUCACCAUCAACAGAAUCAGCCAGCGCCUUCCCCAUGCGGCGAGUAAGCAUGGGAGUCCGUGAUAUUGUCGGAGACGACAACGGUGAUCGACCUGGUGGAUUUGUACUUGUCAUUGAUGGUGCUGCGCUGGACCACGCCCUUACGGACGACGACCACAAGGCUCUUCUUCUCCGCCUUGCCACUCAAUGCGAGGGCGUCAUCUGUUGUCGUGUCUCUCCACUGCAGAAAGCGCUCGUGGUGAAGAUGGUCAAGGACGGUCUUGGCGUGAUGACCCUUGCUAUUGGUGAUGGCGCGAACGAUGUUAGCAUGAUCCAGGCUGCGGACGUUGGUAUCGGUAUUAGUGGUGAGGAGGGUCUGCAAGCUGUCAACUCGUCGGACUACGCUAUUGCACAGUUCCGGUUCCUCAAGAAAUUACUUCUGGUCCAUGGUCACUGGUCUUAUGCUCGUAACGGAACUAUGAUUGUCAACUUUUUCUAUAAGAACAUUGUGUGUAUUGGCGUUUUGUGGUGGUUCCAGAUCUAUUGUGGAUGGAGUUCAUCUUACGUAUUUGAGUAUACUUACCUGUUAUUCUGGAACUCGUUCUGGACGAUUGCUCCCGUCCUCGGAAUUGGUCUGUUUGAUCGGAUAGUUGAUGCUGAUGUUCUGAUGGCCUUCCCUGAACUGUAUCGCUAUGGUCGCGAACGGACUUGGUUCUCCAUGAGAUUGUUCUUGAUCUACAUGCUUGAUGGAGUCAUACAGUCUGUUCCACUAUUCUUUAUCAUCACUUAUACAUACUUCUCGACUACUACUCGCACUGAUGGAUACAGCGUCGGAUUGUAUGAGUACUCGACUACUAUGGUUUUUGCCACCGUUGUAGCUGUUAGCUUGUUCAAUGGCCUAAACACGAAUGUCUGGACUGCCUGGGUCUUCUUUGCUGUCUUUAUCGGUAUCAUUAUUCUCUGGUUAUUCACGGUUGUCUACAAUGCAAUCAGCCCAGGAUUGACAGUGACCAACGUUUAUGGCAACAAUCACUACCUGUUCACGUCGGCUUAUUUCUGGUUGAGUCAACCCCUUGUCAUCGCCAUUGCUCUCCUUCCACGAUAUCUCUAUCGCGCAUGGCAAUUGGGCUACGCGCCUGGGGACCUGGAGAUACUACGCUACAUCCGGAAGACACAGCCUGAUCUUGACAUGACAACACUUCGAAGUGAAUCGAUGCGCUCUAAACCGUAUGCGUCUUCAAGAUUGCGUCCGUCCUCACGCGCGUCACGGACGUCAAUUGCUUGUUCCAGCGUCGACAAUUUAUCAUUGGAUUUACGGAGAACACAAGAUCCGCGCUGUGCUAGCCGAACUGACAUGUCCACUGGUAUUCGCUCCGUGCACCGCGGAUUUGACUUUGCGACAGAAGAAGGUGGCGUUGCAAUGCGACGCAUGCAGACCAAUUUGUCAGAGCGAAGACAGAGUAGCCGCAACCUGCCUGCACUAGAGCAGAACCCGUCGACUCGGAAGCGCAGUCUACGCUUGUUCACCUCUCUGCGCCGGAAAAAGUCGCCUACUCUCAAGAAGGAUGAUUGAUGAGACCUUUUGAUUUGCAUGCCAUGAUUUGCUUUCUUACAUUUUAUCAACCAUUCAUCGCAUUGUGCUACUCAUCGCCCCUCUUAUUCCCACUUCACGUGUAUGGUCAUACUCACUGUAUUCCUUCCACUAUUUAUGAUAACGGGCUAUCUACUAUAACACCUCGAUGACGACGCACUGACGAAUACAUAUCAGAAUUGUUAAUACACUAUCAACUGGGAUAUAAAUGAAAUAAUAAAGUUA